UCGACUGCGUUGAAACAACCCACCAGCUUGUAGUUAGCUAAUUAACGCUAGCUACCUAGUUCAUUCACCUCCCGUCUACUGUUUACCCGAGCCUAGUUUUAGCUUUGUUUUGUGUUGCUUUGCCAAUUUCAUUAAAAUGGGGCGACCAAAGUAUUUUACACCGAAUGAAGUUUCACUUCACAGCACAUUAGGAGACUUGUGGGUUUCUUAUUUGGGUAAAGUUUACGACUUGACCCCUUUGAUUGAAGAACACAAAGGCGAUGUGCUUUUGAAACCAAUUAUUGAAUGUGCCGGGAAGGAUAUAAGUCAUUGGUUUGACCCCAAAACAAAAGAUAUUCUUACUCAUGUCGACCCGUUGUCUGGUUGCGUGAAAUACUACACCCCUAGAGGGCGCUUUGUGCAUGUGCCUCCUCCUUGCCCUCGUACAGACUGGUCUAAUGAUUUCGGCCGGCCGUGGUGGAGGGAUAACCGCUACGAGGUCGGCAUACUAUCUGCCAAGACCCGCUGGAUCCGUAUUAUCAACACCCUCACCUCCCAGGAGCAAAGGCUGGAAGUAUGUUCUGAGGAAACUCUGGAUGAGAUUUUGCAGCGUUACCUGCGUUACAACUCCCAUGCAGGCAGCUACACCUGGAAGCACAACAGUGUGAGCCUGGACAUGAGUAAGACCCUGAGCGAAAAUGGCAUUCCUGAUGAAGAUGAGGAAUUUUACCAUGCUCGCAUGGAUCGUGACCUGUUCUGUCAGUCCAUAUGUCUGUACUUCAAUGAUGAUCUCACAGAAUUUUGACCUAAGGUUAUAUAUAAAAUAUUAAAAUUCUUAAUCUAGGAGCUGAUAUUUCAGUCUGAAUGCUUAUAUUACAGUACUGGCAUUUAAAUGCUGAUAUUACAGGUUGUUUCCCUUAUAACCAUUAUAAAUUGUACUUCUUAUUACAAGUUUACAAUGUGAAAUUGCAAAAGGAGUAUCCAGAAAAAUAUCUGAUGUGGUUAUGUUUUCAAAACCUGCAAAUUAUGGAUAUGCAUUCAAAACAUCUCAACAUGAUAACUCAGCUGUCAUGGUAAAUGUCCACAGAAAAUUCAGUAGUUCUGACCCCAGAUGUUACAGAAAUAAAGCUAUCCAUAUUUUUUGAUGUAACAAAAUAAUUCAGAUAGAUUUUCAUAUCACACUGUUUAAGGGUAGCAUCUUCUAUAGAAGAUGAAGAAUUACAUACAGUGAGAAUAUAAAGUAUUCAAGGUGUGUCAUUCAAGGAAAUACUGACUGAAAUGACAUUCUUUUACACACUUUGUAAAAACAUUUUAGAAAAAACAAUGCAGACACUGUUGUUGGAAGUCAAUACAUGCUCUUAACAUCUGCUCAUUUGAAUGGUUAGUUUGCUUAGUCAAGCCAUUAAACCUAACUGCAUACAA